AUGCCGCAUUGUGGACGUCGGUUGAGAAGUUCCAGCGUGACUGAGGAUACUGUACCGAGCAAGCAAUUGAAGGUUGAAUCUCAAGGAGCAGGAAGACAAGAAAAUGUUAAGGAUGAGGAAGUAUCUUCCGAUCUGUGUUCAAUAUGCUAUGAAGACUUCAACUUCAAAACUACAUUACCAGACUGUGGACACAGUUUUUGUUUUUUAUGUAUCAAAGGUGUCGCAUUAAGGGUCGGGUCGUGUCCUCUUUGCCGAAAUCCUGUCCAGCCGUCCCUUUUCGAGAGGCCAAGCUUCUGCAGUUCAGAUCACGCAAGUUCUUCAGCGCAAGUUAGAGAGCAGAACCCUCAGCCCAGAACACUCGCCGGAGGUGAAAGUACAAACUACGAAGGGGAAGUCAAGUGGCUUUAUCGAUCACGCGGUAGAGGUUGGUGGCGCUUUGAACCGCGUCAAGAGCGGGACUUAGAAGCUGCUUAUAGUGCCGGUGAAAGGAUUUUUGAGCUUAUAAUUGCUGGCUUCCCAUAUGUCAUUGAUUUCGACAUUAUGCGAGAAUACAGGAAGGACUUGCCAAGGUCGACACUGUGGGAACGGGCGAUAAAAAGGAUUGUUGAAGAUGGAAGUUCCAAAGGAAAGCAUGUUUAUGUCGUCGGAGUGGCUGGAGUGAAACAGAAAAGAGAUGUGGAGGGGUAA